AUGUUUACCCCCGUCCACACCUCCUUGGGGGCUUUGUUGCUCUUUCAAGGGUCAACCGGUCUCCUGCUCCAUAACGGUGCCGUUUUUGGCAUCUCCUCUCUACUGGCCGGCUGCGUUUUCAAUCCGAGUCGCGACAAUGUGCCGAUUAUCGCUGGCCUGGUGUCCAGCGUGGCGCCUGUUCUGGUCUUGAUUCCUUCAUUGAUCCCGUCAUAUCCACCGGUACCGAGCUCGUGGGCCUCGUUGGCAUCCACGCUAGGAAUUGGCUUUCUGCUGGGAUGGGGGACGAAGAAUGGGAGGGGUUGCACGUCGGGCCACAUGCUGUGUGGUGUGUCUCGUCUGUCGCCGCGUUCCGUUAUAGCAACCGCCAUUUUUUUCACCACCGCACUACUCACUGCCAACCUGACCUCUGGAGGCCAGAAUAUUCCCCCUUGCGCCGACGGAAUGCCAUGCUACAUGCCCGUAUACCCCUCGACUGCGGAGUUCGUCUUCAUGGCUAGCACAGCCAGCCUCUCGUUCAUCGCCAACGCGUUCGUCGUGCCCAAACUUUUCAAUCGAUCAGAAUCAGCCAAGUCAGUGUUCGGUUACUUGGCCGGUCUGCAGUUCGGCAUGGGACUGUUCUUCUCGGGAAUGGCCGAUCCAGCCAAGGUACUGCGCUUCUUCGCUUUCCUCACGGAUUUCUCUCGAUUUGACCCUUCAUUGGCUCUCGUCAUUCUUUUCGGGAUCGGUCCGUCCGCCGUAGCUUACCGGUCCGCCAAACCGGGCCAGAAGGUAGAUCAACACACAAAUAAAAUAGCCAAUCCUACCUUGGCGGAAAGUUGGCGCCUUCCCACCGCCACCGUUGCGGAUAUUGACUGGCGCUUUGUGACGGGGGCGGUGGCGUUUGGUGUUGCCUGGGGACUACGAGGGGUGUGUCCGGGGCCGGCAGUCUUGCGUGCAACGCUGCAGCCGAUCUGGGGCCUUGCCCAGAUGACGGGGUAUAUGCUAGGAAAUAUGGUAUAG